AUGAACGGGCAUGAAAAUGAAGAACGUGUUUUUGAGAUUGGGGUGGUGAUUCCUAAGAGAGUAGUGAGUCAGGAGGAAGACGAAUCUUGUGACUGCUCAUAUGUCCUUUUAAAGGAGUUUGAGAAGGUGGGGUUUGAAGUUGAGAGAGUUAUUGGCAUUGCAGAUGAAUUCAUCAAGUUGGCUGCACCUUUGGAAACGUUGGGGAGGGCUGCAGCUGAACUGCAAAUCAAGAAAAGGACUCAUAUUGGUAUAUCACAAAUCCCUCGAGGGGGGACAUCUGUUAUGCCUGUAAACAACAGUGACUCAGCCAAAAUCCUUAAAUUUGAUGGAAAAGAAAUCCAUUGGGAAAGUGGGGAGAAUCUACUUCUGAAAUUGGAAUCAGAGAACAUUGUUAAGCAAGCCAUUGAAGUUGGUGGUGCUUACUGUUUUCUUCGUCAUGGUGAUACUUUGGGCUAUAAUGUUUUCUCAGUUCUGGAAGCAUGGCCUGUUAGUUCUUUAGAUGCAAGUGACCAAGGAAACAAGACUUCAGGCAGGAAUGCCGGUUGUUGGCAGCCCCCAAUGGAACUCAUGAAAGUAUUUGAGUCUGAUAAAGUUAAAGAGAAGGAAGCAUUCCAGAAAUCUGAGUGGCUGGGGCGUCUCAUGCGAUUCAGAAAUGAUGCUAUCAUUAUCUUCAGCAUCAUUUGCCUCCAGUUACCAUUUGAGUUGGCAUAUGCUCAUCUUUAUGAAAUUCUUGAUUAUGAUAUAAUUAAGUUUGGGCUCACUGCUGUUUACCUUUUCGCCAUUCAGUAUAUUACCAAGAUUGGUGGCAAUAUGUCUGUCAAACUUAUCAUGAAAGAAAACAAUGAAAACACAGAAAAACAGGCUGACAGCUUGGUCUACAAGGUCUUUGGUCUGUACUUUAUGCAGACAUACAUUGGAAUCUUUUAUCAUGCCCUGUUGCAUCGAAAUUUUAAAACUCUUCGUCGAGUGUUGAUUCAGCGGCUUCUUCUGUCUGAGGUGUUGGAAAACUUAUUGGAAAAUUUAUUGCCUUAUCUCAAGUAUAGCUACAAAAAGUACAGUGUUCGACACAAGAAAGGAGAAGAAAGUGAACAAAUCCAGUUUACUUCUAGAGUAGAGAAAGAAUAUCUUAAGCCCUCUUACUCUGCUAGCAUCGGCGACGAGCUUGAAGAUGGAUUAUUUGAUGAUUUCUUGGAAUUGGCAUUACAGUUUGGAAUGAUUUUGAUGUUUGCUUGUGCAUUCCCACCUGCAUUUGUUUUUGCUGCUGUGAACAACAUUAUGGAAAUCAGAACAGAUGCAUUCAAGCUGCUAGCCAUUUUGAGGCGGCCUGUUCCUCGUGCUGCUGCAACAGUAGGAGCCUGGCAUAACAUAUUUCAGUUUCUCAUAUUGAUGGCUAUAUGCACCAACUGUGCUCUUUUGGCGUGGCUAUAUGAUGAGGAGAGGAAAUGGAAAAUAGAGCCAGGACUUGCUGCAAUUUUAAUCAUGGAGCAUGUUCUCGUGUUGAUUAAGUUUGGCUUCUCUCGAUUAGUUCCUGAGGAACCUGCUUGGGUAAGAGCCAGCCGUGCAAAACGCACUUCACAUGCUCAGAAUAUGUGUUCUAAGAAGCUUUUAAGGACUAUAUCUGGAGUAAAGAAGAAUUAUAAAGAAGAGAAAAAGUUGGAUUGA